AUUGAGGUACAUUGUCAAUUUUAAAUGAUAACUUUAUUUCCUUUCCAUAGAUUCAGCGUGUGGUAUUUACAGCUUUGACAUCUUGGCCGAAGCUUUCUCACCCGGUACAUAUACACACUGCCUCGUACACGCGCAAGUCUCUACAAACACUCACCCUUUCCCAAAUUUCGUCCGCUUGGAACGAUCAGCAAUCUUGAAAUGCCCAUCUCUUAGUUCACGACAAAAGAAGUUGAAGUUGUCAAAGCGAAUCUUGUCGUCAUGGCUCUUUCACUACUCUUGCCAGUUGUGCUAUCAAGGUGGAAUGCGGCACAAGAAGGAAUAGUAUUGGAAGGCUAUCAGAUGUAUGUAGUAGAUAAUUGGGUUCUGGACAGGAAGCAAGUGCCAAUACUGGUCGUACACACUGGAGACGUUGCUCACAAGGUGCGCUUUUUGUAUCGCUUUCUUUGUACGUAUCUACAAAUUCUUGUAGAUUACAGUAUCUGCCCUUUCUCCGCCAUCUCAAACAGACUGGGAUACUGUUAUUGCUUGGCUCAAGCGUCAUGCUAAUGCGAAGCUGAAAGAAACAAUGUAUGGUACUUUACCGGUCACUUCGCUCGCCCAGUUC